GAGAGAGAGAGAGAGAGCAGAGUAAUGCGUCCAGAGCCGAGCUCAGCAGGAGGAGCAGCUUCAGAAUGUUCAUCUUCACCAUCGUCAUCGACAUCAUCCCCCGCAUCUGGAAAGCGAAGCAGAGAUCCUGAAGAUGAGGUCUACCUCGACAAUUUCCACUCUCACAAGCGUUAUCUCAGCGAGAUCAUGGCAUCUAGUUUGAAUGGACUUACAGUUGGAGAUCCACUCCCUGACAAUCUCAUGGAAUCUCCAGCAAGGUCUGAGACCAUGUUUUAUGCUAGGGAUGAGAUGCCCUUAGAAUAUUCACCAAUGUCAGAGGACUCAGACGACUCGAGAUUUUGUGAGAACCCCAUAAACACAUUCUCCUCACAACCUGACAGCACCCCUUCUAGUCCAGUCUCUCCAUAUAGGUACCAAAGACCACUUACUGGGUUUCCUUCAACUUGUACGACUAGUUCGCAUCCCUCACAUAGCUGUGCUCUCACUAAUUUCAACUGCUCUCAGUCCCGUCAACGAGGCUCUGAUUCAGAGGGGCGAUUCCCAUCAUCACCUAGUGACAUUUGCCACUCAGCUGACUUAAGGAGGGCUGCACUCUUACGGUCAGUGCAGAUGAGAACACAACCUGUUGGUCCACCAUCUUUUGAGUUGACAUUUGGUUCAGGGCAAGAGUCGAUAUCUAGUAUUGAAGGUGAGGAGAGACCAUGCUCCUAUAUGAAAUCUUUAGUUGAUGAAAGGGAUUACCAGAUUGGUGAGUGUUCUUCUAUGGGUAUCUCAGAGCCCGACUUUAAGGCAGAAAAAUCAUGCAGGAUGAUGAAUAUGGAUGUGAAGGGGAAUCAUUCUGCUGCAGAUUAAAUGCUUCAGCUCUCAUUAGGUGAGGCCUGGAGCGACUUGAAGAUUCUACAGUGCCAUACAAGCUUUAUUUGCAGAUGGUGCUGCUAACUGUAGGGUUUAGGUGUGGAAAAGGUACCACUAUUCAGUCAAUAUGUUCCUCUUAUUCUAGGAGUGGGGAUAACUCAUCUAACUGUUAUAGGGAUGUGAAAUUCACACACUCCAAAUUG